AUGAAAAGAGUUAUGGACCAUUUUUGGACGCAUCAGCCAUAUGAGGCAUUGCGAUCAGCUGGCGCUGUUGACACGAAGAGCGAAAUGGUCACAGCUGAAGCGUCUAUUCGUGAUCAGAAAAUCCUUAAUGCAAUUGCCUCGUACGCCGUACUACGGAACAGCAAUAUGUCGGAUUCGAUCCAAAAUGAACGCGCCGUGGUCGAAUUGAUGCGCUUCAUCAUGCAGCAACCGUUUGAUUUUCUUCGAAUUUUUGUCGGUGAUAGUUGCUUGGUAAUGACCGAAGGACAACUGGACUUUUCAGGCUUUUCUGUUAAACAAGGUUGGACUGUUCCAGUCGCUUUGCAGAUCUACUGGAAGCCAGUGUUCGUCAUCAUUUACGAAGCCAAGGUCGUCAGUGAGCUGAUUAUUAAUGUAUGUCACGUCAUUGUUGUAGUCGAAACAGAAGUAACAAAAGUGAUGGCAAAACUACCAAAUUUAUGUGAAAAACGACGUCGUCAAGUGCGACGUAUCAUGAAUAUUUCACUCUCUGAAUCUCUGAACGAAGUCGAUGACUCAAUGAAUCGUGCCACGAUGUCAACCACAGGUGGUGGAUCUGGCGAAGACUGUUUCGUUAUGUGCGAUCCAGAACAGUGGUGCUCGGUGCCGUUGGGUUUGCUUCCUGGUGCAUCAGUUGACAAUUUCUCGCUCAUCAUUGACGAUGAAUGCAUUGUCUCUCAGAGACGCGCGCAGCAACGGAACGAUCUAUUACUCGAUGUCGAUAUUGAAUUUCUUCCUCGAGCGGUCACUUAUCUAUCACAUCUCUUUCCGUUGAAGGAUGAUAGCACUUCGUUCACAUUUGAAAAGGACGAAAGCACGGUCGCCAAGGAAUUGAGCAACUCAUCGGGCGAAAGUGGGGAAUACGAUGCUGCAGCCAUCGAUAGAGUGUUCUGGCGAGACGUUCCUACGCAUCUACACACCAACGAGUUCAAAGAUAUUGAGCAGAUCUCCACGUUCCAUUUGGCAAAUGCUGCCCUUCGUCGUACUGAAUACAACAAAAAAAGAAACUUUAUGUAUGGUAUUAAUCUACAAGACCGAAAAGAAACGUUCAAUACAUCCAGCGAGGGCCUUCUUAAUCAACUCAGCUCAUGGCUUCUGCAUGAAAUCAAGUAUGAUCACUACAAAGGAAAACUUAAUUACGACACUCAGUUUGUGUUCGGUGUCGGUCGUGCGAGUGGUGGGCACACACCUGUGCAUUUGCAGUCGAUUAUCGGUGACGAUCAUGGGCGACUACAGCAUGUGCUCAAUGAUAAACUUCGUGCACUGCCAGAUGGUGUCGUAUUCAUAGAAGAGCAAGACUGCACAGAAAUGCCCCAGAAGACAAAUUGUUCCGUCCUUGCUGCAUGCCGUGGCCAAGGCAUCGACGAGGCAACAUGGGAAAUUGGAGGUCAAUCCGUUGCUCCUUACAACUUCUUGAAAGCAUGCCACCAACAAGGAAUCGUUGUGCAUCCGAACGCCUUCGAUCUAAUUCUUAUUGAACCAAACGAGACUGAAGUCGUUGGCCCACUGAUCGAAGCAUCUACAAGCAGACAACAAUUCAAAAUUAAAUUUUUGCUGGACACACAAGAAGACAAGCUACUUGAAGAAGAAAAUAUUCUGAUGGAAAAAGUAGGUAUAAUAGGAGGUGGGAGAUAUUACGGACUCAUUUCUCAAUUCGUCAACGACAAAUGA